UUACAGGAAACGCGUCGCCCACGACCACCAUGGGAACGGUGUCCUGGGAACGGUGCGCAGUCGCGUCGUCGCCGGCCAGCCGCCUCUGGGGGCGACCCGAAGCCAAGAAGCUAGUCGGCGGGUGACAGGGUCCUGUGGCAGGAUGCUGGGAUGAAAACAAGAAUAGACUGUUAGCCGGGCGUGGUGGCGCACGCCUUUCAUCCCAGCACUCGGGAGGCAGAGGUAGGAGGAUCGCUAUGAGUUCGAGGCCACCCUGAGACUCCAUAGGGAAUUCCGGGUCAGCCUGGGCUAGAGUGAGACCCUACCUUGAAAAACAAAAAAAGCAAAACAAAGCAAAAAGAAGAAGAGACUGUCGUUUCAUCUUGGCUUUUAGCAUAUGUCCUCGUGUUGUUUAUGAUGGCGUCUGGGAUGGAAAAGGCUCAUGCCCUCCUGCAGUCUUGUAGCACUGACUCUCUUGUUGGCAGCCUCGGUUUGGGGGUCUUUUGUCUAGUAGCAGACAAGCUUCUUCAGUUUCCAAUAAUUCAACAAAACAACUGGCUUCGCGCCCUCUCAGAUAACGCAAUUCAUGGUGUGAUUGGCAUGUGGUCAUGGGCAGUAGUCAUCGGAAUUAAGAAGAAGACUAACUUUGGAGAAGUCAUUUUAGCUGGAUUUUUAGCCUCUGUUAUUGAUGUUGACCAUUUUUUUCUAGCUAGAUCCCUGUCUUUAGAGGCUGCCUUGACCCUUCCACGAAGGCCUUUCCUUCACUGCUCUACUGUGAUUCCCAUCACGGUUCUGGCCCUGACAUUGGCUGUACACCUCCUCAAGCUCAGAGACUUGUGGUGUGUUCUUCCCUGGAUGUUAUUUGUGUCUUGGACCUCACACCAUGUCCGAGAUGGAAUUCGUCAUGGCUUAUGGAUUUGCCCAUUUGGAAAAACUUCUCCUUUGCCAUUCUGGCUUUAUGUCAUAACUACAUUAACUCUACCACAUAUGUGUUCAUUCCUGAUGUACUUAACAGGGACUAGACAGAUGUUGUCUUCCAAGCACAGAAUGCAUCUUGAUGUCUGAGGUGACUGGUCGGCUCACAGAGAAGCAAGGAGCUCAAACGUCAGCAGUGUAAAACAGCCAAUGUGCAAGUCAAAAUGUGAAGACACAGCAGGUGCCUGCACUGCUCAGUUUUAUAACCCCGAGCCCUCUUGUUCAGGAGGUGUGUCACUGCUACUGCUUGCCUCUCACGUGUCACUCAAGCAUUGGUUUUUCCAAGGCACACUUGUACUGCUUGCAUUUAUCCGUCUAUGUGAGCAGAUCUGUCAGUUUUACAUCCAUGUCGUUGUCGGACAGUCUGCCUGUAAAUCAUUCCAUUUCCUGAUGAAAAGCUCUAAGCUCAUUUUGGAUGACUAAUUUAUAGGAAGUUGGCAUCACAUUUGGGUCACAUUUACUCAAGGUACUGAAACAGGACGUACCCAGAGUAAAUGGGAUCAUGCCGAGACACAUGGUGAAGGCAGUUUAUGUAUGUUGCCAAGUGCUUUAUGAACAAUGAUUACUGCAAAACCUACUUCACAGAUUGAUAACUUGCGAUCUAGAUUGUGAUUUCAGAAAUCAACUUAGGAACUACUAUAACAUGCCAUAGUUACAUUUGCUGAGGUUUAGGGGUAUUUUUAGUGUUUUUCCUGAAGAAUCUCAUGUUAGUUUUUUUCCCCAGUAUUUCAGUUUCAUUUACUUAUUUGAGAGAGAGAGAAAAAAAAGAGAGAGAGGUCCCAUGCCAGGGCCUCCAGCCACUGCAG